AUGGGAUUAUCAGAGUCAAAGAAAGAGAUUAAAGGAAAUAUAACACUCUAAUUAGAAAAAAAGAAUUAUUUUUGUGGUGAAUUAAUAACUGGAAGUGUUGAUUAUUCUGUAGAGGAUUCUGAAAUAAAAGCUUUUCUUUAACUUAUAUGUGUGGUAGAGAGAUAUGUCAGAAAGGAAAGGUUAUAUAGAGAUGAGUCAAUUGAAUAGACUCUAAUGUUGAGUUCACCAAAUGAAAAAGGAAAUUUAAGAAAACCCUUUUCAAUUAUAACUCCAUAAUUGUAGAGUAUGGAAUUUAAUACAUGGAAUUAAGAUGAAUAGAUUUAUAUAAAAUAUUUUAUAAGGAGUUAUUUAAAUUUUUAGGAUCAUAAUAAAAAGGAAAAGUAAAAAUUUAAAAAGCAACAGGAAGAAUAAAUCUUUAUUAAAAGAAUUUAUGAAAACAAAAUAUAAAGUGUUAUAAAACAUUUUUCAUAUACAGGUAGAUCAUGGAUGUUAGGGAGUGAUUAAGUAUAAUAAUAUAUAUAUUAUAAAUAGAAAAUAUUUUUGUGGUAUGACUUUUAAAAUACAAAUUUUCGAUAAAAUGAAAGAUUGUUUUUUUGGUUAGGAGUAGACAAUCGAUAGACAACAAUAAAUAUUGAAAACAUAAAAGCUUAUGUGAUUUUAGAAAUAUUAGAAUAGGAAUCAUAUUGGAAUCUGAUAGAGAGAAGAGUAUUAUCAAGUAAUGAUGAAAAAAUAAAGGUUCCUUAUGGAAUAGAAAAUAAUUGCUAAAUAAGUCUUAUAAUUCCAAAUAAUUGUCCUACUGCAAUUUUUAGUAAAAAGAUUAGAAUGUGUUAUCAUGUAGAGAUUGUAUUUGAAUUUGAAUAUAUGGGUUGUAAAAGGUAAUAAUACAUAGAAAGGGUAUUGAUAGAUGUAGUAAAUUGUGAAUAUUGA